GAUUCAAAACACCAAACACAAAAAAGAGGAGAGGAGAGGACUCAUCUCUCUCUCUCUCAUUUCCAGAUCCCAAAUCAAGUCUUCAUCUUCAUCUUCAACCAUGAUCAUCACCCUCCAUUAAUCUUUCCACAUAAUUCCAAAUCUGUCCCAGAUCCUCCAAUUUCAACAAAGACCAAUUCUUUGAGAGGCAGAGACAGAGACCCCAGCACCACCGCCAUGAGCGACUUCUCGGGUCUCCUCAGCUCCGAUUACGGCUUCAAGCCCUCCGGCAAAGCGGCCCCAAUGUCGUCUUCUUCUUCCUCCUCUUCCAAGCCUCCGCCUUUCGAUCUCGGAUCUACUGCCAGAUCAACUCGCACCUCCGCCUCCUUCUCCGACGAUCGCGACCCGAUCUUCGGCCCCCCGAAAGGUCAAGACUUCGAGAACAUCUUCGGCGGCUCCGCCCGAUUCUCCGGCAAUUCGUCACCCGCCGCCGCCGCUGAGCCUUUCAACUUGGAUUCCAUCUACGGCGCCGACUCCGGUUCCAGGGCGGCGGAUUCCGGCCCGGUUUUUGAUAAACCGGUUUACGACGACGACAUUUUCGACGGCGUCGCGGGGCUGAAGAGCUCCGCCGCGAGCGAUAUUUUCUCGUCGGUGACGUCGCCGCCGCCGCGGGCGAGUAGCAGCGGUUUUGAUGACCUUCUCGGCGGGUUUGGGAAGGCUGAGGCGGCGGCGGCGACGAACUCACAGAGGGCUGCGAGGAAUGUGGCGGCGGAUUUCGAUGAAUUGUUACCUGGAUUUGGAGGCCGUAGCAGCAGCCCCCGAACUGAGAGGUCAAACUCAGAAGCCAACUGGCCGCCAGAGACAACUGCCAAUGUGAGUAAAACAACAACUUCUAAUGUGAUUGAAGAUCCUUUUGGAGUUUCAGGGCAGUAUAGUGACCCCUUGGAGGAAAUAAGUAGACUCUCUAAUUCUGGAAGCUUGAAGGCUGAUAACCCAUCUGUUGAUAACAGGCGAGUGUUUGAUAACAUAGAUCCCUUUGAUGGUCUUGGGAAGUCGGUCCCUGCAUUUUCUUCAGGGAGGAGUUUCAGGGGAAAUGAUAGUGGCAAUUUAAAGGCAGAUACAACCACAAAUAAUGGCAGAGGUUCAACUGGUAAAGAAUCAACUAAGUCUUCUGUGAGAAGUCCAGACAACCAGUCUCAGAGAAAGGCUCCUGUUGGAAAUCAAUGGGAUUCUCAUCAGACCUUGUUUGACGUGCCUUCUGUUUCAACUACUUCUCACAAAUCUGCUGGUCAAACUACAUCUCCACCUUCAUAUGUAAAUGUCAAGGAAGAAAAUGUACAGAUGGAUAGGUCUUCAAGAUCUGAAGAAAACUUGGAUUCAUUUGAUAAUAUAUGGCUAACAGUAUCAGAAAUCCCUCUAAUGACUCAACCUACUAGUGCUCCACCACCUUCAAGACCACCUCCUCCAAGACCUGUGCAGGUUUCAAAGUCUAGAAUGAGUUCUCCUGCUUCUACAAAUUCAAGAAGGAAAGCUAGUGAAUCCUCUACUGAUUUCUUUCAGGCUCCGAAAUCAACCACUGCUGCUGCUAGGGGCCCUGGUGUUUCUUCCGUUGACAAUUUUGACGAUUUUGCAAUGGGAAAGAGCCAAAGUGAUUUUGAUGGACAUGUAAAUGGUCUUUCAGGUGAAGAAUUGGAGCGCAACUCAGUUACUGAUGCCGUGAAGGACGCUAUGGAUAGAGCUGAGUUUAAAUUCAGGCAGGCAAAAGAGAGAGGAAGUACAAAGUCUACGAGAAGUAAAGAAGCCCAGGAGAAGGAAAAAGAACGGCUGCAGAGGGAGAGUGAAGAGGAGGAUAUGGAACGACUGGAGAAAGAAAGAGAAACUGAGAGGGUGUUAGAAGACAAAGAAAGAGAGCAAAGGAAAAUUGAGAAGGAAAGGGAAAGAGCCAGGGAGAUGCAGGAGAACAGACAAGCUGUGGAAAGGGCCACCAGGGAAGCACGUGAGAGAGCGGCAUCUGAAGCUCGCUUAAAGGCUGAAAGGGCUAAAGCAGAGAGAGCUGCUGUUGACAGGGCAAAUGCUGAAGCUAGAGCACGUGCUGAAAGGGCUGCAGUUCAGAGAGUUCAAUCUGAAGCACGGGAAAGGGCCGCAGCAGAAGCAAAAGUAAGAGCAGAAAAGGCUGCUGCAGAAGCCAGAGAAAGAGAGAGGGAAGCAAGGGACAGAGCUGCAGCAAAAUCGGAAGCUGAAGUGCGAACAAGAUCGGAGCGUGCUGCAGUGGAAAGGGCGGCUGCAGAGGCCCGAGAAAGGGCUAAUGCUACUGCGAGAGCGAACCAGGCGAACCAACAAAGAAAUGAAAAUGAUCUUGAGAACUUUUUCAAUAUGGGUCGGGCUAGCAGUGCACCACGACCUAGGGCUAACUCAUCGGAUCCUUUUGAUGCCCAUUUCCAGAACAGGCAAGAGCCUGAAGUGCCAAAGACAUCAACAUCCUCAAACAUAAAGAAAGCGUCUUCAACCACAAAUAUAGUGGAUGAUCUUUCAUCAAUUUUCGGAGCUGCUCCAUCAUCUAAUGAGUUCCAAGAAGUUGAUGGAGAAAGUGAAGAAAGGCGCAGAGCCAGGUUGGAACGCCACCAAAGGACCAAGGAGCGUACGGUGAAAGCACUUGCGGAAAAGAAUGAGCGAGACCUUCAAGCUCAAAGAGAACAAGCUGAGAGACAUAGAAUUGCUGAAACACUAGAUGUUGAGAUUAAGCGCUGGGCUGCAGGAAAAGAGGGAAAUUUGCGUGCUCUGCUUUCAACUAUGCAAUAUGUGCUGUGGCCUGAAUGUGGUUGGCAGACAGUUUCCUUGACUGAUAUGAUUAAUGCUGCCCAAGUGAAAAAAGUAUAUAGGAAGGCAACCUUGUGUAUUCAUCCGGAUAAGGUACAACAGAAAGGUGCCAAUCUUCAACAGAAGUAUGUAGCAGAGAAGGUGUUUGACCUCCUUAAGGAAGCUUGGAACAAGUUCAAUUCAGAGGAGCUAUUUUGAUUUCUUCAGUGAUCUUCCACUUUGAGCUACUCCAUCAGGCAGUCGUAUCAUUUGUCAAGAAGAAUACAUUCUGCUUGCUUUCUGGAAGGAAGACAGUACCGGUAGCGGUGAUGGUCGAACGAUUGUGUUAAUCUGGAAUAUACCGAGAGAUGUUUCCAUUUGCCAUCUGAAGAUGCCUGGCGGGUAUUCUCCUCUAUUUCCCUUUUUUAUCCCCAUGUUCAUUUUCUUUUUCUUUUUUUACCUCUUGUAAUAGUUUGUUUAGAGUAAAUCCAGGGUUUAUAGGAUUUCCGAAAGGUGGCUUUUGAAAAAUAGAAAAAGCUAGUUGAUGUAGCAUACCAUAUUAUGGUAUCACAAUCAACUUUUGUUCAGUGAUUCACCCAGAUAAUAUAGCCUGGGCAGAUUUUGCCCUGAUUUUUCAUAUUUGUUUGUGAUAUAGCACAUGCUGUUGGAUAUGUAUACAACAUUAUUUGUAUUGAUAUCAAAACAUUAAUAUAUCAGUAAUGAUUGAGCUCUGAAGU